UUGUGAUACACUGUUGAAAUACUGUUGUGGUUAGUGUAUUGUUUCUUGUGUGGCGUAAAGUAAACAAACAUACGAGUACAUGUGUACGCGGAGCAGUUGUUAGAGUUUAAUGUGACGUGAAUUAUGAACUGCGCAACUGAUUUUGACACCUCAGAAUUUGCAGACACGAAUUAAUUUUGCUACCUAUAUAUUUUCAUUAUGUCAUUCGUGUUUCUUAUAUUCAGGAUGUCAAAUGAGUAGCGACCCACUCACAAAACAGUGAAGAUGAUUCCCAGUAGUACACUUGUUGUCCGACAUUUACCAUCAGAUUUCACUGAUGAGGAAAAAGAAGACUUUCUCAAGCAUUUUGGAGCAAUCCAGGUGAAAUGCAUAAGUUCAAAAAUAAAGAAGAGUAAUCUUACAUUUGCCAGAUUCAAUUCAGAGAUAGAAGCAAAACAUGCUCUUCAGAGGCUUCAUCAGCUUGAUGUUUUGGGACAUCGGCUUACUGUCGAAUUUUCCCGGGAGGCUAAAGGGAGUGUACUUUCAAGUGAGAAAGUUCCAAUCAUUCAAGCAACAAAAGAGGAAAAAGAAAAUUCUCAGAAAUACUAUGAAGCAUUUCUUCACAAAUUAAAUUCAUGGAACUCAUCAGUCAACUUCCUGCAGCCACCACCGGCACAUUUAAGGUAUCAGUACCCACCUCCUACUGUUGCAAUACUCACAAACAUUUCGCGGGCUCUUGCAUCUGUGCCAAAAUUCUACACUCAGGUGCUGCACUUAAUGAACAAAAUGAAUCUACCAUCGCCUUUUGAAAAUAUAUUUCCUGAAGCAGGCGUAUCUUGUAACUUAAAGGACGUAUUUCCUGAAACUAACGAGGGCACUCGCCAUACGACGGAUAUUGUGGAAGAAGAAGAUAUACAGUCAUCAGAGGACGAGUCUGAGAUAGAAAGUGAUCUGGAAAACCAAAUGCCGAGAGAGAUUGUACCAAUGAAACGAAAGUCUUCACAAAACAAGAAGAUAGUUAAAAGACCUAAAUUUGUGAAGCCCUUACCUGCUGCUCCAAGUACAUUAAAACCAACUCAUAAACCAGAGGAAGUUUUUGAAAAACCUCCAUGUGAAAUGACUGUAAAAAAAAUUGAGUUGCCAGCAAAACUCAUUCCUGCAUCUGCAGAAAAAACAGAUGAUGUGCAGGCUGCAGCCCAAAAUAUAGAAGCAGAAGCUCAUGGAAGUUUUGGUCUUAUGUUCCCUGAGAACAAACCAGUUUCAGAUGAAACCAAAGAGGAAAGUGAAAAGAAUGAGGAUGACAGCAGUAUUAUUACAGCUGAAGAAUUGGCAGCCAACCGUAUUUCAUCCCGAGAUCAAAAGCAUUUGCCAGUGUUCAAGAAUUACCAACCUGGAAUUCCUUCCUGUCGCCUGUACAUAAAAAAUAUAGCCAAGCAAGUAACAGAGAGAGAGUUACAUUAUAUAUAUAGAAGAUACAACGAACCCGAUUCUGAAGAGCAGGGAAACAUGUUCGACAUACGUUUAAUGAAGGAAGGUCGAAUGAAGGGACAAGCUUUCGUCACAUUACCAAGUAUGAAGCAAGCUCAGUUAGCACUGAAAGAGACAAAUGGUUACAUACUCAAGGAUAAACCUUUGGUUGUGCAGUUUGCUAGGUCAGCAAUAGCAAAAGAUAAAAUGUAGAAUAAUACACCAUUUGAGUUCAUUCAUCCUUGAUGUGGCACUCACAUACAUUUCUACCAUUGGAGAUAAUGAAGACAGAAGAAGCAAAAGAUGCAGCAGAAACUUCCCUGAUAUGUAAUAGAAAUUUCUUUUUGUACUGUUAUAUAAAUAUCUGGUUCUGGAUUUGCUUCCUUAUGAACAAGGAGAAUUUAUGAAAUAAAUCAAAUAAUCUGUAAGAAGACCAACAUGUGAAGUUAUAAGAGAGAGAGAUGAAUAAAUAUGCAAGUGCUUCUAUAAAGGACAUAAAGCAUACCUAUAUUCGCAAAAUGUUGCUAGUGUUUGACUUUUCAGAAUAUUAUGGAAAGCCUCAUAACAUCCUUUUGUACAUUAUACAGUGUUUCCUUCUUUUAUAAUUCUGUCUCCACCUGUUUGAACUUUAUUUACAUAUACUGAUGUGCAGUUGUAUCUUAAACAUAUUUUCAAGAAAUGUUAAGUGCUGGAAUUUUGUUUUAUGUAAAUAUGGAUUGCGCCAAGUACGAAAAAAGCUCACUUGGCAAUAAAAGAAAUGAAUUCUUA